UGCAGGUGGUGCUGCCGCCGCGCCUACCGGAUCGGACGCACGCGCGCCGCCGGGCGCUCGCCUUUGCCCGGGCUGCGGUCCCAGGCCGGCCGGCCAGCUCCUGCCUCGCCUUUCCUUUCUCGCCCGCCGCCCAGCUUCAAACUUUGCACGCCGGGACUUGCCGCCGUCUUCCUCCUCUGUAGCAUCCUCAGCAAAGUCCUCUUUGUCCGCCGCUGGGCAGGACCUGCAAGACGCGACUUCUCUCUCUCAAUAAACGCCACCGGUGCGGCAAAGGAUUGCCCCAGUUGAAGCGGUUCUUCUAUGCAAACCCGCCAGCCCGCUCGCAGCAGCCCGCGCGCGGAUUAGACGUCUUGCCACCUCCCGGGCGCUGCCCUCGAAGCACUUUGCUGAAGUGACCCCCACCUCCUUUCCCGAGCCCCCGAAGACCGAAGGCGUUCCAUCGCCCCUCGUUGGAAGCGACGGAGCCCGCUGCCUUCCCUGCCCCCGUGUGCCCUUCCGCCCUGCCGGGCUGCUCGGCUGGGCUUGCCAUUGUUUGCCGCUCGCCCCUGGAAGCGGAGGAAGGUAUGCUCGGGGGAAGGCGGUGGCACUGAGCCGUCGGGUCUCCCUCGCCUCUCGGUGACCCCUGGAGCCUUCCUGGAGAGAGCGCGCGAGGCUGCGGGAGGGGCCGGCCCGGGAUCGCUCUCGCCUUUGUCGCGGCGGCUGCCUGCAGGUUCUUGGGGGACUCGGGGGCUGCGCGGCCAGGAUGCCUUUCUUCUCGUGGGGAUUUUGGCUACUGUGCGUCGCCGCGUCCGCUUCGGCUCGGAGUGACGGCGGCAACAAGCCGAAGAGCUGCUCCGAGCUCCGUCAACUCUACGGAGCCAAAGGAUUCAGCCCCAGCGGGGUCCCCCAGGCGGAGAUCUCCGGGGAACACUUGAGGAUUUGCCCACAAGGCUACACUUGCUGUACCAGUGAGAUGGAGGAGAACUUUGCCAACAAGAGUAGGACUGAAUUUGAAGGCAUGUUGAAAGAAGCUACUCGCUCAGUGCAAAUAAACUUAACAUCCCAGUACAAGAGUUUUGAUGGUUACUUCCAGGAUUUGUUAAACAAGUCAGAGAAAGCUCUUUAUGACACAUUUCCUGGUAUGUAUGGAGACCUUUACAACCAGAAUGUAAAAGUUUUCAAAGAUUUGUAUAGUGACCUCCGGCGUUACUACCGAGGUGCCAACAUCAACCUAGAAGAGGCCCUCAAUGAGUUUUGGAUUCACCUGCUAGAGCGGCUUUUCAAAUUGAUGAAUCCUCAGUAUCACCUCACUGAUGACUACGUGGAAUGUAUGGUGAAGCACUCUGAGCAGCAUAAGCCAUUUGGAGAGGUACCAAGGGACCUGAAGCUGAAGGCAACAAGAGCUUUCAUUGCUGUCCGCUCCUUUGUGCAGGGGCUUGGUGUGGGCAAUGAUGUUGUUAAGAAGGUGUCUCAGGUCCCUCUGAGCCAGUAUUGCACUCGAGCCAUUAUGAAGCUGGUGUACUGUUCACACUGCCGGGGCAUGUCAAAUGUCAAGUCAUGCAACAGCUACUGCCGCAACGUCUUGAAGGGCUGUCUGGCCAACCAAGCAGACCUGGACCCAGAAUGGAGGAACCUGAUAGAUUCAUUGCUUUUGGUGGCUGAGCGUUUUGAUGGACCAUCUAAUGUAGAAACAGUCAUUGGUACAAUUCACACCAAGAUUGCAGAAGCUAUUUCUAACAUGCAGGAGAACAGAGAAUCUAUAACAGCCAAGGUCUUUCAAGGCUGUGGAAACCCCAAACUCAACACAAAACCUUCCAAUGUUGAAGAUAAGAGGAAGCGAGUAAAAUCCAUUAGUGAAGAUAAACAGUCAGUGCUAGGCUUGGAGAAAUUGGUUGCAGAUGUGAAAGGGAAACUGAAAGAUGUACGGGACUUCUGGGUUUCUCUCCCAGUCACACUUUGCAAUGAUAAAAUAUCUGGUUCUGUGAAUGAGGACAAGUGCUGGAAUGGAAUGACCAGAGGCCGAUAUCUUCCGGAUGUGAUGGGUGAUGGACUAGCCAAUCAGAUCAAUAACCCAGAGGUUGAAGUAGACAUUACCAAACCAGAUAUGACUAUUCGCCAGCAAAUCAUGCAGUUAAAGAUUAUGACAAAUCGCCUGCGCAAUGCCUACAAAGGAAAUGAUGUGGAUUUUCAGGAUACAAGUGACGACAUCAGUGGCUCUGGCAGUGGCGAUAGUUGCCUUGAUGACAUCUGUGGCAAAAAACAGUCCAAGAGCUCUAGCACCCGGCAACCAGAGACGCAUCCUAUGCCUAAGCUGUCAGGACAAGGCGUCAGUGGAAAUAGCAGCAUACUUUUGCCUUCCUUCUUUAUUUUAUUAAUUUCUCUGGCAGCUGUUGCAACACAGUACUUGCGGCGAUAACUCAUUUCUGCGGCCAUGAAAGAGACUGUAGUGGUUGAGGUCUUAAUUUUGCCAAAAAUGUGGACUAUAUUUAAUUCAUCUUGGCAAAAGAGGGAGAUAAAGAUUCUUGAUUGUUUGUGAUAACCUGGCAGUGCUAGAACGGAUCUUUUCCUUUUGGUCUUUUUUGAAUGCUGGGCCCUUCUUUCUGUACCUCAUUUUUAAAAUGUCAUUAAUUUGCCACAGAGAGGCAUCUAGAGGCCUACAACAGACCUUGGCAGAAAGAUUUAAUGGGGAAAAAGAACAAAUUACCCUCAAGGCAACACCAUUUUUAUUGACUGCAAUAAAAUACCGCAAGUAUCUAGUCUUAUUUAACAGUAGCCAUAAGUUGGUUUAGAACAACACACCUUUUUAAUUUAAAGAUUUUCAAAGUGCUGUAAUAGGGGGUCAGUUCAUAAUUUUCCCUUAUGCAAGUGGCAAAUGAUCCUUCAUUUCCUUUGAUGUGGGAGUACCUAUUCUGUAUGUUAGUGUACUCCUGAUGAGCAAAGGGUUUCAUUAUCCUAGAAUUUGGAACAAAAAUCCCUUAAUUCACAAAUACUUACACGUGCUAAAAAUGGGUGUUCAAAGCCAAUUAGUAAUUCACCUACAUAGAAGUGAUUGGGAGUGAGAAUUAGGCUUUGCAUGAUCCUGGGAAAAUAGCAGUCAAAUUGAUAAAAUGCAAUACAGAAUCAUAAUAUGCAACAUUACGAUAGAAAUAUGCAUGGGAAGGAAAGCUCUGCUUCCGGUGGAGGAUGAAAACCAUUCUGUUAUUAUCAGUGAUAACAGUUGACUUUUACCAAAGGGAUAAUGCAAAGAAACUGUUUUGUGAGGUUUUGUGUAUUAUUACUUGUUCCAUUCAUAAGUCCUUAAGGUAACUCAUUGACUAGACCAGGGAACAGUAAAAAUGCUGGCUGCAUUCAUACAAUAAACUGUGGUUUGUCUAAAUUGCAGGUUGUUACACAAACCCUUGGUAGUCUACCAGACGUACAUAACAGACUAUAGUUUGUUUCUAAAUCACAGUUACCUUUGCUGCUUGCCUCUUUUCUGAUCUCUUAAGUGGAAUCCUCAGAUGAUAUCCCAAAGUCCCUUGCAUUGCCAGGCUGCUGGCAAAUCCAUACUGCAUAUACAGCCACUUGCUAUCGGUCAACUUCAAUAAAUGGGAGGAGUACUGGGAGGAGAAUCUUAUGGCAGCCAAGCUUCCUCCUCCUCCUCCUCACUCUCAGCUAGGGAUCAUCCCCCUCCCUCCCUUUUCCCCUUUCUGUGUAGGUGCUUCCUGGAAUUCCGGGAUUUUUAAAUUCUGAAACAAAACCUUUUACAGCCUUCCCAUACUCCUUUCUCUCUUGCUAAUCAUAGUCCACUUUCUCCUUUCAAAGACCACUUCAGUGUUUCUCCUAAACUAUUGUUUCAAACAAAGUAGAUGUUUACAGCUCUCCCCCAUUGUCUUUUGCUAUUUCAUUGCCUUUUACGUCCCCCCUCAGAAGAGGCUGAAGCCUUUGAAGCACAUUCCUGUUUGCUGAGUCAUCCCUAGCAGAGGGAGAGCAAGAGAGUAGAGGGGAGUAGUGCUGGAUCAGCAAGGUUUGCUGCUGCUCUGAGCUUUCUUCUCUGUUUGUAGGAGGAUAAGAGGACUGGUACUAUUGAACAGACUGGGAUUUCUGCAUUCAGAUAACACCACAAACCAAAAUUAGUACAAGCCACAGUUAACAUUCCAUGGGCAAACCAUGGUUUAGAAACCACAUCUUGGGCAGCCUACAUUCAGACAUCACAUUAAGCCAAAAUUAAUUAAACCAUUGUUGCUAAGCUGUGGUUUAUCGAGACAUCAGAAUGCAUCUGCUAUCAAAUAUCCCUAUAAAUUCACUUGAAUGCAACAUCAGAUUCUCAAAAAAUUGCUGGUCUUUUAUCCUGCCCCAAAUUCCAACAGCUGUGUUAAAGUCAGCAGCUUUAGAAUGAUGUAACUCUGUUUACGAUUGCAAAUCAAGCAAAAACUUCCCAAUUGGUGUAUCGUUAAUCCUAUGCUCUCUAACCAUUAUUUAGUACCACCACCUCAUCACUUCUGUUAUUUCUCUUUCUAAUUGUUGUUACAUAUUUGCCAGGGAUGUUGUUAUUAGAUGGCUGAAGAUGUAGUGUGGAGGGGGACUGACCACAAGAGUGUCUGACCACAGAUUUACACAGUCAUAUACAUGUAGAUAUUUCUCUGUUGGACAUCUAUGCUUCCACAGCUCCCUGUUUGGGGCCUUAGGUUUAUUUGACCUAUAACCAUAAGUAUAUAUAUAUAUUUCUUUUUCAAAACAAUCAAUCAUAUCAAGGCAAUUCUAUUGAACAAUAGGGAACUCUUGGUAUAAGUUUUGCUGUUAAUUCAUUGUUUCAUAUCAAAAUUUUCCUUUUGUAGAGCAAGGGCACUGUGGAGACAUUUUUUUCUUUUAAAAUAUAUAGACUUUGCAUAAUGCUGAAACAUUUCUGUUCUGUAUCUUGCAUCAAAGACAACUGAGUGUCCGAAAAAGAGAUUUUUAAAAGGCAAAACUACUGAAGUUGGCAUCAGUCAUAAUACAAAUGGAGCAAGUAUCUCUAGCAUCACAACAUUAGAGGCGGUGACUGCAAGAAAAUUAAUUCCAUUGAGUUAUCAUUCUUGUUAUUUGUUUUUAUAUAACAUUGGGAGAAAUAGUUUCCUAAUCGCCCCAAUCAGUAUUGGAGGCUGCCAGUCAUAUUGAUGUUGUAUUUUCAAAACUCAAGCAAAGUCUGGUGCCAGCAUGAUUUCUUUGUUUCAAAACACACCUGCUUUUGCACACAUUAUUUUCAAUGCCUUGUGAGUAGAACAAUACCCCAUCCACUUUCCUUAUUGAUCUUGUCAAUCUGCUUUGUUUAUUUUUGUUUUCAAUUACACCAUUCUUGAAAUAAUUCUGAAUACAAAUGAGGCAUGGAAAUUAAAUAUCCUGCCUCCUUUGAACAUAAGCUUUCAAAUCUCAGAGCAAGUGGACUGCCACAUUCAAACAGUGUUGUAUAUUAUGUAGCCUUCUGUUGGUAAAAAUGCUGAUAAUAGACGUAACAGAUAAUUUUUCCUGCACAACGCAAGAGGGAAAGGAAACUGCAUGUGGACAUUUCUCCUCCCCCCUCCCCAGUAGAAACCUUUGCCAACCUGCUGGAGAGCUGUAAACUCACAGUUUAGGGCCCUGUGGUUUAACCUAGACUUGAUCAUGAGUCUUCCCCAGGGCUUUUUUUCAGCGGGAAUGUGGUGGAACGAAGUUUCGGAACCUCUUGAAAAUGGUCACAUGGCUGGUGGCCCCGCCCCCUGAUCUCCAGAUAGAGGGGAGUUGAGAUUGCUCAGUGGCGCAGAGGGCAAUCUAUACUCCCCUCUGCCUGAAGAUCAGGGGGCGGGGCCACCAGCCAUGAGACCAUUUUCUCCGAGGGCAACCCACUGAGUUCCACCACCUCUUUUCCCAGAAAAAAAGCCCUGGUCUUCCCUAAUCACUUCUAAAGCAAAGAGUAGGGGGUACAAUUUUUAGAGGCAAGGAAAGAUGGAAACAAGGGAUUCUGGAGCCCUCCCCUGUUCACUAUGGGUUACUUUGCCAUGGCCUCUUCUCCUAAAUACUUUAUUUCCAGCCAGCAUCUCUUCUGGUGCAAGCAUCCAGCUAAGAAAAAGUGAUAUUGGAGUGGAGGCAUCGUGAGGACAUACCUCAUGGGGAGAGUUAAGCACAUUGCAGCUAUGCACUCCAUUUGCUCUAAUAUUUGAGACACUCAACCACACAUCCCCCACUCUCUUUAUGUGAUUUAUAGAGAGAAGUGCCAUGAUCAUACCUAGUUUGAGCACAAGUCUCUUGAUAAGUGCUUGAAUGUUUGUGGGUUUUUUAAAAAAUGUCUUUUGUUACCAAGAUGGCUGUGCUCUCUUUUAACGUUUAAAAGCACUUCACUGUAGGGGCAAAGAAACUUUCUGAGACCCCUUGAAAAACUGUCAACCAUAAACCAGAGUUGUGGACAUACAAGCUAUUAUUUUUUGUGCCAUAAUGUCUUUUUCAGCAGAGAGGUGGGGUCAAUAGAAGCUUUACAAGCACUGAUAUUUAUCCUUUACAAAUGACAAACAACCUGUUCUUUUCUGGUGGGCUUGUUAGGGAGUAAAAGUUCAAAUAUAUCCAGAAUACACCUUGGCUUUAAAAAAAUGCAGUUCUCUCUUCAAAAUUAAAAUUUAUUUCACUUAUUGGCAUACUUGGCCAUUUAUAUAUUUCUUUUGGUUACCAAGGUACUUGUAACUAUCUUGCACUGUUGAACUCUGUUCUUUGAAUCCUUGUAUAAAUAAAAAGAGGCUGGAGACUUAAAACUA